GUUCUGGGCUCUUGCCAAAUCUAAGAUUUACCCUGUGGGGGCAGGACAAAAUCACCUCACCUAUCUGUGAGUCAGUUUCCUUGGGAGUUGAGAUCAGCUGCCUGUCCACCCACAGGGACUGGUUAGGGUUAGUUAACCGGAUUUUGUAAAACCUUGAAUGAAAACUGCUGUAACUGCCAAGUAUUUAUUUCUUAUUAAAUUAUGGAAUUUCUCUAGGGUGUGCAGGGUUUUUUCCCACUCACUCACCAUUAGGCUUCUGAAAUCAAUCAGCCCCUCUAAUGGGGCUUGUUACCCCUUGCUCUUUAGGUUUAUAAACUAGCCACAAAACCUCAGUAUUGAUUUACAGCCUUACUGCUGCAACUGCUGAGGGGUCUGAGGGGAGCGAAGUGGUGGCAGAGUAAGUUUAAUGAGAGUGGGAAAGACAGUGGAGCCAGACAGGAGUGUAGGAAGCAUGGUCUAUUUUUAGGACAAGGCUGGCAUAUCCCAUAUUUAUCGAAGUCACAGUUCCAGAUGCCUCACAUGAGCAAAGGGUGCUGAAGGGCUGAGUUAAAAUUAACUCCUCCAGCUGACAACCAACAUGGACUGUGCGCAGGAACCAGAAGGGCUGAGACUUCAGGCAGAACCAGUUCCUGACACCACUCUUGAGAUUGGACAGAGACUUUUCCAGGUCAACCGUGGUGCACUAUCUCUCCACAGUCGCUAUUUUGAGGCCAUGUUUUUUGGGGGCACUAGAGAGAGCGCCGAACACCACAUAGUGAUCAGAGGAGUAGAUGCAGAGACUUUCCAAGUGCUUCUCGAGUUCACUCACACAGCGAAGGUGCUCAUAACUCUGCACAAUGUCACUCGCCUGCUGGAAACAGCUGACUUCCUCCAGUUUGAGAGAGUGAAAAGGAUGUGCGAGAAGUUCCUGGAGAGGGAACUGCACGUUUCCAAUUGUCUGAGCCUGAUGGCCUAUGCCCAAUGCUUCGCCUGUCCAGAGCUUCAUGCAUCAGCUCUCAGUGUGGCUCUCACGCACUGGACGGAAGUGACUUCUCAGGAAGAAUUUGAGACACUUCCCAAAGAAAUGUUGCUCCAGCUCCUGCAAAAUGAUGACCUUUUUGUUCCCCGAGAGGAUGUGGUUUUUGAUACUGUGAUGAAAUGGGUUAUGCAGGACCCAGCAUCUAGGGAGGAGGCCUUCUUGGACUUGGUGGGGCAGGUCAGAGUAACCUUCCUGAGUCUUUCUUUCCUCGAUAUCUUGGUGAAACAAAGCAAACGCCCUGGAGAGAAGGAUACUUCUGCCAGGCUGCUAAAGAAGUUAGACAGCCCUCCACUCAGCUGGAGGAACAUGGAGCUGUCUUCGUGCACCAGCAGGAGCUAUGAGACCCUAUAUGUUCUGGGAGGGAAGCAUGACAAGGAGCAGCAAGAAUUGUUUCAGUUUCAACCUAAAUCUGGCACCUGGCAUCUUUGCUCUCCACUGCAACGCAGGAACCUCAUCCAGUACGCAGUGGCAGCAGUAGGGAACUUCCUUUUUGUGACAGGAGGUUAUUUCCGAGAUGAGUUUGUGUGGUACAGCGUGGACUGGGUGUUGAUCUAUAAUUGCUGGGACAACAACUGGCUGGAAGGGCCUGCUAUGAAGCAGUCUCGCAACAGCCAUUGUGCCGUAGGGGCUGGGCUGUAUUUGUACGCUCUUGGAGGGAGCACAGAUGAGGGGAUAAUCCCAGAUGUGGAGCGCCUGGCAUUAAUGGACUCUCAGUGGCAAAGCAUGAGCCCCAUGGUUCAGCCUGUGGAGAGAGCAGGUGCAGUCAGUGUGGGGACCAGGCUUUACGUGGUCUGUGGCCUGGAUGAAAAGGGAGAUGUGUAUGGUGGCGUGCAGAGACUGGACAUGGAGAAGGAUGUUUGGGAUGUCAUCUCCUUCUCUCCGCUUCCCAGGUAUGACCUCUGUGUUACAGCUCUGAAUGGAGCUCUCUACACCAUAGGAGGUGGAGCCUUUCGCUUUGAUAUGGACACAGAUGAAUGGACCCAAGUGGAUGAAGAGUGCCUGACUCAGAAAUUCUUCAUGGGAUGCAGCACUGCCAAUGGCCAAAUUUAUCUCCUGGGACAGAGGAAGGGGAACGUGGCUGUCCCCAACAUGGUGCUCUUUGACCCUUAUACUGACACAUGUCAGGUGGUAGAUAGCAAAGUCCCUUGCCCAGUUCCUAUUUAUGGGUGUGUCUCUAUACGAAGAUUUGACACAUGGGCUUAAGCAAGGCUGGCCAGGUCACAAUACAGAGAGGGAUUCCAGUGUGUUAACGCUUACAAGCGCUGAUAUUUAUUGUCUGUAGAACUUGUAGAAUCUUGAAAACAUCAUUUAUUCCUCUCCUGAUUUUGUCUU